AUGCCUUCAUUCUUCCAAUCCGUCUCUAAAGCGCCCCGCGGUUCUAGCUCCGUCCGCGCGCACUCCCUCCCGUUGCGCGCGACAACUCCCCUUCCGCCGCCCACGCUCUCUCCCUCCCGCCACGUUCUCUCGCUUCCCUCCUGUCGCGACAGUCCCCUCCGUCGCCCACGCUCACUCCUCCCCACCACGCACGCUCUCCCCCCAUCCAUCGCCCACGCUCACUGCCCGUACUCCGCACACGCUCACUUCCCUCCGUCGCCCAGGCUCACCCCCUGCCCCUCGCCUUCUCUCAUUCCCCUCCGUCGCCUAUGCUCCAUCCCCAUCCCUUCCCUCCCCAUCCCUCAUCUCCCCAUCCCUUCCCUCCCUAUCCCUCAUCUCCCCAUCCCUUCCCUCCCCAUCCCUCAUCUCCCCAUCCCGUCCCUCCCCAUCCCUCACCUCCCCAUCCCCGCCUCCCCAUCCCUUCCCUCUCCAUCCCUUCCCUCCCCAUCCCUCACCUCCCAGUCUCUCAACUUACCGUCCCUCUUCUCCCCAUCCCUCUUCUCCCCAUCCCUCUUCUCCCCAUCCCUCUUCUCCCCAUCCCUUCCCUCUCCAUCCCUCACCUCACCAUUCCGUUUCAACCCAUUCCGCCCCACCCCAUUCCGCCCCACUCCAUUCCGCCCCACCCCAUUCCGCCCCACCCCAUUCCGCCCCAUCCCAUUCCGCCUCACCCCAUUCCGCCCCACCCCAAUCCGCCCCACCCCAAUCCGCCCCACCCCAUUCCGCCCCACCCCAUUCCGCCCCACCCCCAUCUCCUCCUCACCCCAUCUCCUCCUCACCCCUCAUCCGUUGUGCUUUUCAGCACUAAGAAGCUUUUUGGGGAGGGGAGAUGCGGUUCCGCCCCACCCCACUCCGCUCUCCCCCAUCUCCGCCCCACCCCACUACGCUCUCCCCCAUCUCCGCCCCACCCCACUACGCUCUCCCCCAUCUCCGCCCCACCCCACUACGCUCUCCCCCAUCUCCGCCCCACCCCACUACGCUCUCCCCCAUCUCCGCCCCACCCCACUCCGCUCUCCCCCAUCUCCGCCCCACCCCACUCCGCUCUCCCCCAUCUUCGCCCCACCCCACUCCGCCCUGGCCCACUCCGCCCCACCCCAUCUCAAGGUCACCCCAUUCCGCCCCACCCUUCAAAAUCACCCCAUUCCGCCCCACCCAUCUCUGCCCCACCCAUCUCCACCCCAACCCAUCUCUGCCUCUCGUUUGUCUCCUACCAUAAUAAUAAUCCGAAUGUUGGUUGUUGGUAGUACUACUACUAGGUAUGACAAAUAG